CAUCCCAAGGGCUCGCAGGGCUGAUCCCUGUCCCGGCAACUCACUGCACUGUCCUGCAGGAGUUUGCUGUCGGAAUGAGCUCAGGGAGAUCACGGGGGCACAGUGGGACCCUAUGGAGCGGUGUGAUGUGUUGGGUGUCCGGGGGAAGGAGAUGCAGAACCAGACACAGUCUGUAUUAGCACAGAGAGAUAAAUUUGCCCUGGUCACUGCACCGGUGAUGGGAGAUUUCACGGUAGCCUGGGAAGGGCUGGGGCUUCGCAGGGAUCUCCCUGCCUCGCCGUUAAUCCCUUGCCCACCCAGGAGAGCCGCCCUGCGACGGGGUCGGGGACCUCGUAGCGCGGUGCGGGGCCGUCCGGGCGCUCUGCAGAGUUCGCCGCUGAGCAGCAAGCCAUGCAGUAGGAGCCCAUGCUUCCCACCGAGGAGUGAGCCUGGUGUGUGCCACACAGCCCAGAGUGCUGCAGGGAGGAGACAGGACAUGCACCGAAUCAGCUGCCUUCUUUCGGGACUCGCCUUCAUCCUCAGUGCCACCAGCACAGACAGUUUUGCCCGGGUGGGCCGCAGGACCUGCGCUGCGGAGCCGCGGAGCCGCACAGCUGCCCACACCGAGUCCCACGUGCAGCCCGUGUAUCUGCCCUACCUCACCACCUGCCAGGGCCACCGCCUGUGCAGCACCUACAGGACCAUCUAUAAGGUUGCCUACCGGCAGGUGUACAAACAGGUACCUCAGCCUGUGGUCUCGUGCUGUCCUGGAUGGAGCAGAACCAGCAGCUACCAGCUCAGCUGCAACACAGCUCUGUGCCAGUUGCCAUGCCAGAAUGGCGGCCGCUGCACCUUCCCUGGAAGAUGUGCCUGCCCACCCGGCUGGAUGGGGCCUUCCUGCCAGACAGAUGCAGAUGAAUGCGCCAGCCGAAGCCAUGGGUGCAGCCAGCUCUGCGUCAAUACAGCUGGGAGCUUCCAUUGUGCCUGCUGGGAUGGCUUUAGCCUCGCUGCUGAUAAUAAGGCAUGCCAGCCCGUGGUGCCAGGCCCUGAGCCAGGAACCUUCAGCCAAGCAGAUUCCUCCAGUGAAAUGAAGGAAGAAAUGAAAGACCUAAAGAACAGAGUGGAAGCACUGGAGCAGAAACUCCAGUUGGUGCUGGCUCCCUUCCACAACCUCAUGCCAUCUGCACCAGAGGACGUUGGCACAGACCCCAUCAGCCGACUGUCCCACUCUCUUCAGCAACUGGAUAGAAUUGACUCCUUGAGCGAGCAGAUCUCCUUCCUGGAGGAGCGGCUGGAGACAUGUUCCUGCAAGAAUGAACUCUAGCUGAGCACCCAAAGAAUCAGAACAGGCAGACUGCAUCUGUACUUGUCUCUCUCUCCAGCCCCAGGCUGGGGCUGAAGACACAUCAUCUCCAGGAAGACGCAGGGUAGAAUGAGAAGGCUGGUUUCCCAUCAGAUGCCCAGUAUUUUCUUUUCCAACUCACCUUAUCAAAGGUCAUGAAGUUACUUCCAAACUGGACUUUUAAGCCUGAGCAUCUCACCCCACUCCUGCUGGAGAGGCAGAAAAUAAAUGCCUUACCUCAUGCCAUUAGCAGUGCCUGUCUGGCUGUGCCAGAGAUUGGCUCUACACAAAUUCA